AUGGCGCUAAAAAUUGACGAGGAGUGGAUUAGACAACGAGUUCAUCUAAAACACGAUCACUUGGGUACAAUGUUGAAAUUUGUGAUUAUUUUUGUGCCAUGUUUUGUGUACUUAGUUGUUCUUUUGAUAUAGUUUGUGUUUUUAUCUCUAAUUGUGCAAAUAUGAUUCAUAAAAUACGUGUAUUCGUGUACAUUAUUUAGACAUAUUUUGAUAGUACAUGUACAUCUGUAUAUAUGCAUACAAUCCAUUAGUAUUUGUAAUACAUAUGCGGUGUAUAUAACUAUAAAAUACAGUAUACAGUGAGGCAGGUUUGCAUCUAUUAAGGAUGAAAAAUUCGGGAUAAAAAUAUUGUCUAUUCAUAUUCUCAUGUGCUCAUUGUGCUGACUGCUGAGCAUAUGAGAACAGACAAUAUUUUUGUGCUCAUCAUUACUAGCAGUAUUUGGACUGUCUGUGCCAGUGUAGGUAGUGCCAAUAAUAUUAAAAAGCUUUUAUUGGUAGGCAUGCAACUACCUGAAAAAUAUAAGGAGAAUUUUAAUAUAAGAAAAAUUCCUUAUAUUUUUCUGAUAGUUCCAUCCCUACCAAUGAAAGCUUUUUAAUAUUCGUUUUCGUCCAAAUUGGCUGCCAUAUUUUUGUCUUGUAAAUCUCAAUGAUUUGAUCGCAAACCACCAAUUGAUAAAUUUUGACCUAUUUCACAUCAACGUCAAUCAUGCUACGUAUUUAAAUAUAUUUGUCGUUAUUCCUUCAUCAUUGCUUUUUUGAGAAAGUAAUCUGAUGUUAUUUUCUCCCAAGAUGAUGUGAAAUCUCUAUCAUUGCCUGGUUCAUACCAUGAGAAAGUCUCGUACCUUGGCACGGCACUUCAUAGCUUCACCAGACUCAAACAUUUGGAUCUUUCAAGAAAUUUAGUUUGCAACUUAGAGGUAGAUAUUGACUCUACUUUUACUGUAAAAUACACACUUACUUGAUUGUCAGAUACAUGGUAGUUUAAUGAUGUUUUGAUUGUCAUUCCUAGGGCAUUGGUCAUUUACAAAUGUUGGAAACUCUUAACUUGUAUCUAAUAUGAAAACAAUAUGUUGGUAUAAUGUUAAAUCAGUGGUUAAUGGUGGCUGUGCCUUUUAUUAUCUGUGCAGAUGGAGUAUUAUCAAUAUAUAAACAUCAAUCUUCUUCUGUAUUUCUUCAGUUGAUUUUACUUGUCAAGGGGAGAGUGCUGGCGCUCAAUGGCCUAAAUAUGAGUAGUUCAUUUAUGUCAUGACAAUCAUCCUUGCUGAGUGCCAUAUAAGGAGUUGUAGGAGUGUAUAGUAGCAGUUAGUUGUACAAGCCAGGUUUAGUAAACCUUAACUCAACUUAGAUAUUACAACAACAUAUCAACAUUGAAAGACCUCUAUCAGUUAAGAACGCUGACAAAUUUAAAGGUAUAGUAAAGUCUACUUUUCUGUCUCCAAGUUAUUCAGUCUUUUUUUUAUUCAGUCUGUUCAACUAAAGUUAGUAAGUUUUCAGCAUUCCUGAUACCCAUGGUUUGCAGCUAUAAAGUACACCUGUUUACGGCAUAUCUUAUAGCCAGGAUUUGUGGCUAUAAAUUACGCCUGUUUUCAAUAGCCAUGGCUAAAAUUUUAGACAUUUACAACUUACAAGCUUGAGUAGACCAAUGCAUACCCCCCUUUCUUGUCUGUCUCCAGGAACUUGAUAUCAGGUUGAACCCAGCGACAAAGAAUGAACCAGAUCACAGAUUGUUUCUCAUUCACAUGUUACCCAGUCUGAAAAAACUUGGUAGGUUACAAAUACUCGUGUGUGUCGUGAACUUCAUUAUCUAAUUAACAAUAUGUAUGAAGAAAGCUUCGGUUGAUAGGGAUAUAACUACCUGAAAAAUACAAGGAGAACUUCGACGUUUCGAGCGAAGGCCCUUCGUCGUUGAAGUUAGCAGCGGAGGUCGGGAAAAUUUCAUGGCUUUUCGCUCGAAACGUCGAAGUUCUCCUUGUAUAUUUCAUCCCUAUCAAUCGGAAGCUUUCUUGUAUGAUUGCCACUACCUUCACUGGCACAGACUGUUCAAAUGUGUAUGAAGGUACGUUUCUUUGGCAAAUUUGUGGAGGAUUAAUUGAACUUUGAUGAAUUUAGAUGACAGAUCAGUGAGAGAUAGUGAAAGAAAGGCAGCCUUGAUGCAUUUUAAUACAGACCAGGUAAUAAAGAACGAGCGGAAUAUACAUCUAUUGUAUUUUUCUUCAUAAACGUUGUACGAAUGCCACUUGCAUAGUGUCCAGUAACUUCUCUCGUAAGUGUCAGUAACGCCAUGAUGUUACGUUCUCCAGGCUUCGGAGUUUACAGAUGACAGAUUUCAAGAUGAUUACACCACAAGCAACGAGAGGUAGGUAUUAGUUGGUACACUGACUCACAUUUUUAUGGAAAUCAAAGAUGAUGAAGACAAAAAUCAUGAUAACAAUAUUUCUCUUACAAUAGUUGUGGUAAUAGUGGUUGCCUAUCACAAGUGAUAAGGACUGCCAACUCCUAUCCCAACUUGUCGUCUGUGUACUUCUCACGAGACCAACAUGUGCGCUGAAGUAUCUACCAUACUGUUGGCACUGGUAGUCCUUGCGCAUUAGUAAUGUAUCGUGUUUUGUAGUAAUACUUAUAAUAUUUUAGAUUCAACGUUCCACGUGCAGAAUUGGUUAGAAAUUUGGGUCCUAGGUCUGGUAAGCCCUACACUGCAGUAAUUACUGUUAUAAAUACAAAGUGAGGUGAAUUAGAUUAUGUAGAUAUAUGUAUACGAAUAUAUUUAUUGUUAGCCUUGGACAAUGAUGACGUAGUGUUACUUGACGCGAUCACCAGAAAAGAUGAUUAUUCCAGACCCUUUAUCUCUGGCUCCAACAGUAAAUUUCCUGAUGUGGAAGAUUAUCCAAGACAAGGUAGACUAAAGCUUAUUUAUGUCAUUUAUACUGGAGAUGAGUCACGACAGUAGUAAAGGCAUAUGCUGAGCACAGGAACUAUACAGAUAGUUUGUCUAGACACAGACAAUUCUAAAACAAGCUGCCUUUUCAUGACUAUGCUCUAGCUGGUGUUUAUUGAGUUCUCAUCUCACAUGCAAUGGGAAUGAAACUCCGAUCGUGACAUGCUACUACUCUUUAGAACUGGCCAACAUGCAUAUAAUGGACGAAGAAAAAAGCGUUCCUCGAGAUUUACGAAAAAACCCGUCCACACAUCAUCAGAAACCACCCAGGCCCCACCCCACUGACUUUAAUGGUAACAUCAAACCAGUAUCUCACCCCGCUACACAAAAACCUCAGAGACGUGCACCCCUGGAUCCGUAUUAUGCUCCAUACACUGCGCAGGGUACCUUUACCCCCACCCCACGACUUGCACCCUACCAAAAGACCGCUGAGCAUGAUAGUGAUGUGCCUGAAGACUCAAUGGAGUCAGGUCACGGCCAGCAGACUGGACACGAGAGAUUUAGAGAUCACGAUGAAAGGCCUGGUAUGGACGAAGAACGUGUCUUCCUAUCACAUGAUACCAGUUCGUCAUCCAGUCGUAACCAAGGAGACCAGGUACCUCCUACAUUUCUACAUCACUGAACUGAAAAUACCUGGAGCGUUAUCUUCAUAUUGCGACUAGAAAUUUACGUAUAUUCCAAAAUUUCGCUCAGUAUUCAAUGGCCCUUUGCAUAAUUACACAGUAGUGCUAUCCAAUCAUGAUCCAGUGAUUGGAAUGUUCUUUGUGUUUUUAUUGUUUUCAAAAUCCCACUUUUCGUCAUACCAUUCAUUCAUUCAUUCAUUGAAUUGACUUGUAUUUAAUUUUGCAUUGCCAUUUAUGCAAACGGUCCCUACACUACAUUCUUAAUAACUUAAUAAUUGUUUGUAGUCACAUCCUUCAAAUGCCGUGAACAAUGAAUUACGUCUUUUACAUAAACUGGUGGAUCUCGUGGAUAAAUAUUGGAAUGGAUCAAAAUCCCUUCAUAAUCACACGAAGUUUAAAGGUUUGUUCAUGUCCUGAACUUCCAGACUGUUCUCCCCAGAAGUCCUGUAAGGGCCAUCCAGCGUUAGACUAUAAUCGGAGAAAGUCUGGGUUUUUUUUUGUGAUCUGAAACAGGAAGCGCUCUUCUCAUAUACUACUAAGGCGAAAUUACAAUCAGACAACUGCAGGAAUUUAACCCCAAAGCAUUUUUUAACAUACAUAUGGGAGGGGCAGACUUACUCUGGGGAACCCAAACUGGUCCCUAAUCUUGGUUUUGGCAUCCACUGUAAAACAUUUAAAAUAUGCACUGACGCCAUUCACAAAGGGGAACACUAUAUAUAACCACUAAGAGAAGGCCGUUACUGGACCUCUAGGGGUAACAGUUUGAAAUUGGAGCUAUCCAGUAUAUAAAAAAUAAUGAAACUAGUCAAAUACGGUACGGAGAAACUACCUGGGUAUGUUUAUAUUUGACCAGAGCUCGCCAUUGAUGUGCUCAAGUCGUACCAAGCGGCAACAGAAUAUCCAGAACGUGACGUAACAAGCUUGAAGAAAUUACGACAAGAGAUGCUGGUGAAGGAAGAGGAACUGAACAGACUUUCUCAACAGCUGACACAACAGCAAGAAGAAUAUUCUGCCAUUCAUGGUCAACUGGAGAUGGAGAAAGCAAAACAACAACAGUUUGAGGAAACCAGCCAAGAAUUGGUGAGUUAGAGUAGCAUUUUGACAUUUUUAAACUUUAUAAUGGAUCGUGAGAAAAUAUUUUCCGUCUCUUUCACAGACAACGCUUCAUGAACGUUUUAAACAAAUCCAGGAAGAAAAUCAAUCUCUCAAGGCUAAACUUGAAUCACAGAAAGACACAGUGUAUGAAAGACAGAGGCAGUCGGGUAUGUACGGACUUUGAGCGAAAAUGUUUACCAAAGACGCUGAGUACUCCAUUAUACAGAGACAAGUUGAAACAAACUACGACAGGCUUUAUAUGUUUUCACUUGUAGACGAAGCAAUAAAUAACUAUCAAGUCCUCCAGGACGACAAUUACAAGCUCAAACAACGUUUGGAUCAACAGAGGGAAAACUUACAACAAUUGAACGAGUUAGCAAGUAUGUUGCAGGAGAGUCAUAG